UCCAAGCGAGCUGAGGUACAAUAUAUGAUCUCACCGCUAACAUUGCUUCAUUUAAACUCAUCUCAUUCUUUGUUGCUCCAGUAUUAAUUGGAACACGAGCAGCUCUUACAAGGGACACUGUGUCUAAUGGAACUUCCCUCAAAUCUAGCACCAGAUGAGGCAAGUCCGGAAUGGAUGAACAAAGGUGACAACGCGUGGCAGCUCACAACUGCCACUCUAGUCGGGCUCCAGUGUGUGCCCGGCUUAGUCAUCCUCUAUGGAGGCAUGGUAAAGAAGAAAUGGGCAGUUAACUCAUCAUUCAUGGCACUCUAUGCAUUUGCUUCCGUUCUCAUAUGUUGGGUAGGAUGGAGCUACCGAAUGUCAUUUGGUGAUAAGCUUGUGGCCUUCUGGGGAAAACCGUCUGUCGCCUUGGACGAGAAGUACCUUCUCAAACAAGCGUUUUUGGGAUACUUCCCCACGGCUACUAUGGUGUUUUUCCAAUUCGUUUUCGCGGCCAUUACACCAAUCUUGAUAGCUGGUGCACUUCUUGGAAGGAUGAAUUUUAUAGCUUGGAUGUUGUUCGUGCCUUUGUGGCAUACUUUUUCGUACACUAUUGGUGCAUUUAGCAUUUGGUGCCCAGAUGGGUGGCUGUCCAAGUUAGGAGUGAUUGAUUUUGCAGGAGGCUAUGUUAUUCAUCUCUCUUCUGGUGUUGCUGGAUUUACUGCAGCUUAUUGGGUAGGGCCUAGGCUGGACAAAGAUAGAGAGACGUUUCCACCAAACAACAUUCUGAUGAUGCUGGCCGGCGCCGGCCUGUUAUGGAUGGGUUGGACUGGGUUCAACGGUGGAGCCCCUUAUACCGCCAGCACCGACGCCUCCUUAGCCAUCUUGAACACACAUGUCUGCACUGCCACCAGCCUCCUAACUUGGCUGGUCCUAGACAUGGCUGUCUUUGGCAAACCCUCUGUGAUCGGUGCUGUUAAUGGCAUGAUCACCGGCCUUGUUUGCAUCACUCCUGGUGCCGGAGUUGUUCAAAGUUGGGCGGCCAUCUUGAUGGGCUUAAUUUCAGGAAGUGUACCAUGGUACACAAUGACAAUCCUUCACAAGAAGAUCAAGCUCUUAAGGUACAUCGACGACACCUUCGCCGUCUUCCAUACACAUGCCCUAGCUGGAAUUUUAGGCGGUGUCCUCACUGGAUUUUUUGCAGUGCCAAAGCUCUGUCGGCUGUUUUACCUAGUACCUGAAUGGGAAAGGUACAUCGGCUUAGCCUAUGGUUUGCAGACAGGCCGAACAUCAGCUGGGCUACGGCAAAUGGGAGCUCAACUAGCUGGAAUCGGAUUCAUAGUAUGUCUAAAUAUUGUCAUGACCAGCUUGGUCUGUCUGUUCAUUAAGUUGAUCGUGCCUCUUAGGUUGGAGGAAGAGGUGUUGCAAAUUGGAGAUGAUGCUAUCCACGGAGAAGAAGCAUAUGUAUUAUGGGAUGAUGAAGAGAAAUAUGAAAAUACCCAGACUAAUUCUGCAUAUGAUGCUGAUGAGUAUCCAUCAGUUGUUUCAAAGACUCUGACUGAACUCCAAAUGGUAUGAAAAAUAUUCUCUAUGACUAGGUUGCACUAUACUUUGCAAAAAUAUUAUGCCUUCGCUAGUCCUAGAUAUGUUUGUAAAGAAGGUCUUGCUUUCUAACGGAAAGAUGAGACUCAACUCGCUAUUAUUCAGUAGAACUAAAAUUGGUACCGCCAAUUAUAUAUGUUGUUUUUCUUCGAAAUAUUGCAAGGACCAAAUUAGUCUUCAUACUUUCGGAGCACGGAAUAAACAGAAGAAAUGAGGCAGCAAUGGAGAAAUCAUCCACAACCAUAAGAUUGUACUCACUUUUGAUCAAUCAUGAAAACAAAAUAUGAAGUACGAAUACAUUCCUCAAAAUAAAACAAGUUCGAACAGA